GCAGUUCGGGCAUUAGGCUCGCCGGUCUGCAAACCUUUCGGAUGUUUUAGCCGCGACUGGUGCCUCGGUAACACGUGGGUUUUCUCGUUAGCGACGGUGCGGUUGCUCCUUUCGGAGUCAACGACUGAAUUUUACAUCUGUGGACGUGUGUCAAAGGAGUGUUCAGUGACGUGCGAAGAAAUAUUUCGGAAAGGUUCUUGCAGAAGUGAUCGAGGUUUAGGUUCGCGUCUUCGUAAGUCGUGCGACGAAUCGAAGUUUGUUUAUUUCUGGUGAUAGUCGUAUACGAGAUACCAAUUUUCGAGAUUUUACUUCAAACUUUGUGCCUUGUUGCUUCAUAGUAAAAAAAUCAUUUUUGAAUGUCACCAUCGUAUAAAAUGUUCCAGUGCUUGGUGUUUCAGAGUGUUUAGUGUGGUUGGAGGGUUUAACCCCGAGGGAUUCGUGUCCACCAGUGUCCUUGGUAACUGUGGCAGUGGAACAACGUGCGAUUGGGGAGCCUCUCGCAAAGAUCGAAUUCCUUUGUGUCUUAUCGACGUCGAAAGAGACAAACGGUAACACCUCUGCCCACGGUAUCGUCCGUAUCGCUCAAUGAAAAUGCUGCAACUCGUUCGACAGUACUCUCUGCGAUGUCUAAAGUCCACCGAACGCGAAGACGAUGAUCGCGAAAGACGAUCGUGAUACGCAGCUCGAGGAGCGUCGGCGAAGCUCGAAUAAUUCGCAAUCAGGAUGGUGAUAGCGAGCGAGUCCAGCGCCGAAACCAUGUCCAACACGGCUGGGAAGCUGAGGAGGUCCCGCAGAUUGUCGUCGACCAGAGGUCUGAAGGUACGCGCGAGUGCAAACACCGCUGGACAAGCGAUACCGCGACAAGAUCUGAAUCAAAAGCUGGGUCUGUGCCCCAUAGUUAGUAGGAACGUGGCCGCUACAAAGGGACGGUCGGCGAUCAAUUGGGAGUUGAACGAGAGGAUCAGCCUGAGCAGCGGUUCCAGCACGGGUCUGUCGGUUCGUCCGGACGUCAGAAAGGGGAUCGAGUUUAGCGAGAAUCGCAGGAAGCCGGGGAUCGAUGGGACGAACGACGACGGGAACGAGCGUCGCGAGACCAGAAACGUCAAGGCCAGCCUAGAGCUUAUGAACGUGUCGGGGUUUCGACAGGACCCGGAGAAGAAACGUCGUGGCUCCUGGUCGAUCGACGUGGACGUGAUCGAGCGAUCGUCGGAGGAAGCGAACGUGAUCAAGAGUGACUCCAAGUACGAAAUCGGAAUCCCAGGCGACGGCUCGUCCGCCAGGAAGCCAAAGCAGAGGAGGCAGCUGCCAGGCGUCGCGAAGGCUCAGAAAUCCGCGAAGAACGAGGACGAGGAGGCCGCUAACCGAUGGGGCAGGAAGAAGGUCGAUAAGACCAACGACUCGAUCACGAAGAGAUUGGAGCUGAUUCACGAAUUGAAUCAGAAGAUCCUCGCGAAUUACGAGCGAUUCCAGCAGAAGUCGAAGCGAAAGGAGGGAAAGGAGAGCACCGAGGUUGUUCCGAAAGACCAAACAGGGAGGAGUCGUGCGGGCUUGGACGAUGGAAAGGAAUCCAGGAAGGAGGAUCGCGUCUAUGCGGAACCGAAGCGUAAGAGCAGGACGAAGGCGGAGUGCGUGGUCCAGAAGUGCCAGGACUCGCUCAGACAGCGAAAGCUGGACAUCAACAAGUUCACCUUCUCCAAGGACCACUGCGAGAAGCUGACGGGAUCGAAGGAUCGCGGUGACGCGUCGGACAAGAAACGCUCGACGAAGACCCUCUCGAAGUCGAGGAUUCUCCCCGAUAACGAGAACUUCAUCAUGGCAGUGAAGCCUGGCUUCCACGAGCCGAGAAACGACAAAGGCGGAGCGGUUGCGAGAAACGAAUACUCGUCCAGGUCGAGGAAGGACGAAAGAAGGACCUCUGUCUUUUACGCGAACGACUCGUCGGGGAGGCACGUAGGCGCUGCGAUCAAGGACGAGGAGGAUUGCCUGGGGAGCUCCAGAUUGUACCCGGAGACCUACUCCAAUCGCUCUAACGAAGCGAAAAUCGAUGACGAGGGGGAUCGUCCUCGGUGCACGUCGAAGGUAUCGGCGAAUAAGGACGAAGAAGCUCGCGACACGAUCAAUGGAACGCAGGGAGAUGAGAACAGGGACGCCGGCAGGCCUGUCGAAGGUAGCGAGAGCCCAGCGAUCGAUCAGACAACAGCGUUGGAGAACGAGAUCCUGGAGAAUCUCGACGAGACUAUCGAGAGAUUCGAUAACGAAAAGACGGGCCAGAACGGAGCGGAAACGUCGGGCGAGAAGAUGGACAGCUUCAGCAGCGAUUCGAUACAAAACGACAGCCCUUUAUCGGGGAGCAGAAGCCCGAAAGUGGCCAGGUUGCAGGAGACGUUUAAUUCCUCCUGGGAUUCGGGAGUCGGCGUGGACGUGGGUACAGGAAGCGGAUGGGUCAGGAUACACACGGGAAUCGAGAGCAGCCUCGUCUAUCUUACUCUGGAUACCACUGCUAAAGACGUCUGCAGGGACAUGCUGUUAGGAGACGACUUGUCUCUGUUUAUUCAGUAUGGCGGCGAAGCUGGGAGGAGACUGGGCAGCCACGAAAAACCGUUGGAGAUACAGGACCAAUUUCUCCAAAAGCUCGGCUACCAGGACGUGUCGAGGCGGUCUCGACUGGGGGUCGAUCCUGAAUUACGACACCUCGUUGCUUUCCACGUGGGACCCGCAUCGCCAUUACCUGAUCUGGCGGGAUACAGCCGUUGCGGGUACGCGCUCGUGUUGAAGGGGUUGGUUUUUCCCCAGUGGAAGAGGCGACCCUUGGCUGUCAUCGGAUCCAGGCUCUUUCUUUAUCCGGCCUGUCCAGAGUCCCGACCGGAAUGGAUGGAGCUCGCUGGCGGCGGCGGUGCUGUCUGUUAUGCGCCGUCACGUCUGGGUAAACUCGUGUUGCGUAUCACUGGAUUUCCAAGGGUCACUCAGGAGUGUCAUCAAACUCCGCAACAAGGGGACGCCCAUCAUCGCGAAACGCGGCACUUGUAUCUCGGUUUUCACCACCCAUGGGACAGGGACCUCUGGAAAAGUUGGAUUAAACAGGCUAUACACUUGUCGUCGUGCCCGAAGCAGCUGGAUCUCAGCAACGGGGGACUGUCAAGAAUUCCCGACAGCGCUGUAGCGUUCCCCGCCAUAGAGGAGCUGGUGUUGAGCCAAAAUCAACUUACAAACACCAACAACAAUCUGACGCUUCUGCACAGGUUCCCUAAACUGCACGUUCUUCACGUGGAUGGCAACGAACUGCUGAAAAUUCCACGAGAAUUGCUGGAGCUCAGGGGACUUACCUACCUCAAUCUUUCGGACAACAAAAUCGACAGGGUCCCGUCUGACAUAAGCCAGCUUAUCAACCUGAAAGAACUCAUCCUAGAUCGUAAUGGCAUUAAAGAUUUGCCGCACGAAGUCGGCGAGCUGAGGAACUUGAGAAACAUUUCCUUGGCUGGAAAUUGCCUCAAUAGUAUACCGUCUUUCCUCAACAUGCGAGCCCUCACGCUAACGGAUGUUUUGUCGAAGACCGACAAUGCUAAAGUGUACAAGGACGAGAGAAAUAAUCAAAAUUAUUUGUACAAAGUCAAUCUGCGGAACAAUCAAUUGAAGGGAAACAUCAUUCUUGGAAAUUAUGGGAAUUUAACGCAUCUAGACGUCAGUGAAAAUAGCAUUGAAAAAUUGGACAUCAGUGCCCUUCAAGAAUUAAGAAGCGUCCGUUGCGCGCGAAAUAUUUUAACAGAACUGACCGUCUGUGGGAGAAACCUUGUUUCGCUUAUCGCUGGAAAUAACAAACUGAAGAAAUUAACUAUCGAACCUGUGCCAAUCAAUCUCGAACAUUUAGACGUCUCUUACAACAACUUAGACGCCCUUCCAGAAUGGACACCGGAUCUUCCAGUGUUGCGUGCUCUUUUUGCAUCUCACAAUGCCCUAACAGCCCUUCCGGAUCGACUGCUAACGCAACCGUCGAGGCUGGAAGUUCUUCACCUGCCCCACAAUAGACUCCAAGCCCUUCCACCACCCAGGAAACCACUGAAUAUUGUUCACUUGACUCUGCAAGACAAUGCGUUGACAGCCCUACCAACGAGCUUCUUUGCAAAUACAGAAAAAAUGAAAGUCCUGAAUCUCUCCAACAAUCGACUGUCCGAACUUCCGCACUUGGUCGAAGGAAGCAGAAAUCGACACGGCAACCACAGCUUGGAAAAACUGUAUCUCACCGCCAAUUGCUUAACGGAUACCGCUUUGGACACUCUCGCACAGCUCGCGUCCCUGCGAGUUCUUCAUAUAGCCUACAACACCUUGGACACGCUUCCUGAGAGUUGCACAGCAUCGUGGAGAGAUUUAGAAGAGUUGGUGCUCUCUGGGAAUCGUCUUCAGUACCUUCCGGACAACGUAGCCAACCUGCGUCAUUUGCGCGUGUUGCGCGUUCAUUCCAACCGACUUCUGACUUGUCCCACAUUCAACAAGACGACAUCCUUGAAGGUAUUGGACUUGGCCCAUAAUCAACUGGACAGGGUGAAUCUAGCUACCUUGGUGCCGCCCCAACUACAGUUCCUGGAUAUAUCCUGCAAUUCGAGGCUUCACGUGGACCCUAGACAAUUCCAAGUGUACAGAUCUCAGCGACCGAUAUCGCUGGUCGACGUGUCGGGACAGAACAGACCGAGUCUACCUUCUCAUCCUCAUCAACAGGAAAUCGUUUCCGCGGAGAAGGGCGCGGAGCAACCGUGGAGAUUGGGAUUUUCGGAAACAGCUGGGUCCAGGGAGAGAUUAUACGUCUCGCAAGUUCGAAUGCCGUCGUUUUGCAACGUGGAAGGGCUGUUCGGUAUAUUCGACGGUGGUUCGAACCAGGAAGCACCGAGCGCUCUUCAAGAAAUGAUACCGCGUCUAUUGCUGGAGGAAAGAACCGUCAGGGAGACGUCGAAGGAAUACUUGAAGUACACGCUACUCUCGGCUCACAGAGAGCUGAAGGAGAAAGGUCAGAAAUACGGAAUCGACGCUACUCUGGUGCACAUAAUCGGAAUUCAAUCGCAACAAGGUUUCCCGAAGGCACCUACGAGGUACUCGUUGAAGGUGGCAUCUUCGGGAGACGCGAAAGCGGUACUUUGCAGGGCAGCUGGCCCGUUGACCCUAGCUCCGGCCAAGAAAGUUCCUGUCAAAAAUCAAUUAGGCAACGCAGCCAUGUUCCCUUUAGUGGUCCCUGACCCGACGUUCGAGGAAGUCGAUUUAGAAGACGACGACGAGUUCGUGAUAAUUGCCAAUCGACGGCUGUGGGAAGUAUUGAGCGUACAGGAAGCUGUACGAGAAGCCAGGGCAGAGGCCAGUCCUGUCUUGGCAGCAAAAAGGCUUCAGGAUCUGGCGCAGGCCUAUGGCGCGGAGGAUAACUUGAGUGUCGUAGUCGUCAGGCUAACGGGGCCUAAUCAAGGCGACUUGGAUCAACUCAUGAGAGAACUGAGGCACGCUGUUGGCAAAAAUAGAGGCCAAACCGAGGGAGGAUGCCCUUGCCACUGUUGCGUACCACCUGCGGCUCACAAACCACCCGGACCCUGCUGUUGUCACUCGAACGAGGGGUAUUACUUGAACGGGGUGUUGAAGAAUAUUGUAAAUAGGACAAAUAAGCCGCACAACGGAUCCGGUAGAUACUUCAAAAAUCGUCGACCCGCGCAAGAGAACGAGAGUCCACCGUACAAAGACGACAGGAGUUCUCCAAGUGGCCAGUCCGAUCAAGCCAGUGAUAGCACUUUUAAAUCGCGACAUCCUUCGAGUAGAGUCUGGUCCGGAAGCGCCGCUUCCAGAGCCACGAACAAAGCUCGUCAAAGUGUGUUCGUGCACGAAAAUGGCACGAGAAAGGUAUCAACUUCCCUCGCUGCCCAAGAAGACACCGUGUCCGAGCGAUCCGGCGCCCUCAGCGAAGAACAGUUCCGGUGUUGGGAGUACAUGCUGGAGCAGAAUACGCAGCUCUUGUUCGACAAGGAACUGGACACCUUAACGAGAACUCCUCUUCGUCGGGGACAAUCGAGAUCCACGCCUCAAUUAGGAGGCAAUUUACCCUUUCUGUCGAAGAGAUUCGGGAGCGCCAGAUCCUUUAAUCCUUCCGUCCCGCGACCUCCUAUCGUGCGAUUUGGUAGCGGAAGAAGAUUGCUAAACGGGGGACCGAACGCGGCUUACUUCGGGAGCCUGCAGAGGCUGAUGCCGUACAAUCUCGAAUACGAUUUCGCCGUGAUUCAAGAAAGAAACGGAUUGGACUCUCUGGAGCAAGACGCAACCCGAAUGCAACAAUAUUGGGGUGUAGCCACGACCGAAUUGUGAUCUGGAACGAGCCGAUAUAUCGGGGCUAGAACUAGCCCACGUUUUCCAGUAUUCGAUCAAACUGUCGUCCGGUGUUGAAAUUGUGAUACGAUGUCGAAAGCUAAGCGUUAUCAGUAUUAACGAUCGAUACGAAACGUCGAUAGAUGUUUUCGACUGUCAACAAGAGGAUUAGAAAACUGCCUUUUUCUUACGAAUUCCAUGUGAUAUACUGUAACCGAUGAAACGACUGUCGUGGUUUGUAUUAUUUCUUGAGCCAUACAACAAGUAUUUUCUUUCGUCCACUCGGAGCCAACAGUACCACGAAACGAAGACGAUGGAAGAUAUAAAUAGAGUAAAACGUUAUGUUAAGAGUAUGUUCCAGACCAACAUUGACACGCUUUAAGAACCGAAAUGGUUCGUUGUACGUUCCAAUAAUGUCGAGUAUAUUAAACGUAGUUACGAAAAUUUUGUACAUAAUGAACCAUGUAUUGUACUUUAGAAUACACGUGACGUACAUGUGAGGGAACGUGUUUGAUUGUGACAACUGGUCGAGAUACGUUAUCGUACAGCCAAACUAUCAACUGAACGCUCAUCUUUAAUACACCGAUAGUUACUUGUAAAAAUUUCUGUGUAUCAUAAAGGAAAUAUAAAAUGCUCGGAACACGUAGCAGAGAGGAGUCGAUGUUACGUGUAAUGAAAUCCAGCGACAUCUGUGCCCGAACCUGCCAUAAAAUGAUCGCCACUGUAUCCUUGUUACAACAAACAAAAAUCGUUCAAUCGUUACGAGAACGCGAAUAUUCAACCGAUACCAUGAUUCGUUGACCCGGAACUGUACAUCGGUUCUGAUCGUUUUGUACGAUUUUUCAGCUUACGAGCGAUAAAUUAACAAGCAUGUAUUCCCAGACAUCACACGUUAUCUCUGUUUUUUUUCUCCAUCUAACGCCUUAACGACGGCCUUGAUAAACAUUAUCUUAUUUGUCGAGCGACAUUAAACUAUCUUAUUCCUCUAUCGCAAUAAACUCUUUUUACCAAAUCCACGGUACAGAUAAAACGAAAUACAUGUAAAUAGUAGAUCUUUUUAGCUCUUUAACAUUAAUCUAUUCGCAUACGAUAGAGUCAUUUAACUUACAACGUACAGGGUGCUCCCACUUGAAUGGUGCAUCCCGUGCAAUCGGAAGCAAUGCAGCUCACCGCUAUUAAGAUAAGGCAUUAACAAGUAUAAAACCGCAAACAGAAGGUUUGUGGAAUAUUUGUGCAAAGGUUUUAACUCUAACUCUUGAUCUCGACAAAUGUAUCUACAACGAUGAUUUGUUAUUUGUGCGACACCUUCUCGGUCAACAAAAUACUUUCAUCGAGUAUCGAAAACGUAUAAUUAAUAGAUCGUGCUGUCUCAAGUAUUACGUUAUCUGUAUCGCCAACAUGUACUUUAUAAUCGCGAAUAGCACUUGAAAUUAUCGAAGCCAGGCGAUAAAUUUCAUUGUACCUGUAAUCGUACGAUUACUAUGUACAGAAUUUUAUUUGUAAUCCAAUUAAUCAUAAGUGUCGUUGCGUAACGAUAAUUACUACCUUUAAUCGAACGGACGUAAACAAAUUUGCGUAAACGAAAUGUUGCAGUAGCACUGCUCGAACAACGUACUCGUAUGACGUUCAUAAAUAAAACGAACUCGUGACGUAUGCGUCUGAUUAAACUUUUCCAUUAAACAAGAGACGCCUGCGAUUGUAAAAAUAAAAUUAACCACACGUGUUUGAACCAGAAAUCGCCGAUCCGAUAACGAACGCUCUUGAAUAUUGAACCUGCGCUGAUAAAAAAUCUGCUAAAGAUCAGAUCGAAAUCUUGAUCGCAAUGUCCAUCCUGAAAUGUACGUGAAUGCUCGAAAGAGAAAGAUUGUUAUCGACAGAAUAAAGU